AUGCCCGAGGAAACUUUCACCCCCAUUGGCCAGAAGGUCGAGGAUAUCGCUCCCGGCGCCGUCGAGGCCCAGGCCGAGGAUGACGAGCCCCGCGGUGUCGAAGAGAUCGAGUCUCUCUGCAUGAACUGCCAUGAGAACGGAACAACACGUCUUCUCCUUACCCAGAUUCCCUAUUUCCGCGAAAUCAUCAUCAUGUCCUUCUCUUGCGACAAGUGCGGCUUCCAGAACAACGAGAUCCAGCCUGCCGGCACCUUCCAGCUCAAGGGUGUCCACGUCGAGCUUCGCCUGACUCAGAUGGAGGACUUCGCCCGCCAGGUCGUCAAGUCUGAUACCGCCACUGUCAAUUUCAUCGAGCUGGACGUCGAGGUCCCCGCUGGCCGCGGUCAGCUUACCAACGUUGAGGGUCUUCUGAGCACCAUUAUCGACGACCUCGAGUCUGGCCAGGCGGACCGCAAGGAGCAGCAACCCGAGGUCUAUGAGAAGAUUGAGGAGAUCAUCAAGAAGGGUCGCAAGAUGCUCGCUGGCGAGGCUUUCCCCUUCCGUGUUUCCGUUGACGACCCGGCCGGCAACUCCUUCAUCACCCCCGACAUGCGCGACGGUGUUGGCAAGUGGGAGAAGCGCGAGUACCUCCGUACCAAUGAGCAGAACGAGGCCCUCGGUCUCACCGACACCACCAACGAAGGCCUUACAGAGACCGGCGACAUCGUCCCCGACACCGUUUACGCUUUCCCCGCCACCUGCCCCGGCUGCAUGCACCCUUGCACCACCAACAUGAAGAUGGUCGAUAUCCCCCACUUCCGUCAGGUCGUCAUCAUGAACACCACUUGCGACGACUGCGGCUACAAGUCCAACGAUGUCAAGACCGGCGGUGAGGUGCCCGAGAAGGGUAAGAAGGUCACCAUCAAGGUCAGGAACUCGAUCGAUCUCGCCCGCGACAUCCUCAAGAGCGAGUCCUGCUACCUCGAGUGCCCCGAGCUCAACCUUUCCGUCAACCCCGGCACCCUUGGCGGCCGCUUCACCACGGUCGAGGGUCUCCUCACACAGGUCCGCGACGACCUCCACAACCAGAUCUUCCAGAUCGGCGCCGAGGACCCCGCCGCCGUCCACGCUGGCGACUCCCUCCCCGCUGAGGAGAAGGCCCGCUGGGACAAGUUCUUCACCGACCUCAACGCCGCCAUCAAGGGCGAGCGCGAGUUCACCAUCAUCCUCACCGACCCCAUGGCCAGCUCCUACGUCCAGAGCUUGGCUGACGACCCGACCCAGCCCGAUGAGCAGAUGACUGUGGAGGAGUACGAGCGUACCGAUGAGGAAGAGGAGGAGCUCGGUCUCAAGGACAUGAAGACCGAGAACUACUCUGCGGAUGAUUAA